AUGGAGGAGGCGGAGGGGGCGGCGGCCAAGGACUGGGCCACGACCCCCGCGGGGCCCGUCUGGACCGCAGUGUUCGACUACGAGGCGGCGGCCGACGAGGAGCUGACCCUGCGCAGGGGCGACCGCGUGCAGGUGCUCUCCCAGGACUGUGCUGUGUCCGGCGACGAGGGCUGGUGGACCGGGCAACUGCCCAGCGGCCGUGUGGGGGUCUUCCCCAGCAACUACGUGGCCCCCACCGCGCCCGCGGGCCUCCAGCUGCCCCAGGAGAUCCCCUUCCACGAGCUGCAGCUGGAAGAGAUCAUCGGUGUGGGGGGCUUUGGCAAGGUCUACCGGGCCCUGUGGCGUGGCGAGGAGGUGGCGGUCAAAGCCGCCCGGCUGGACCCUGAGCGGGACCCGGCAGUGACAGCCGAGCAGGUGCGUCAGGAGGCCCGGCUCUUCGGAGCCUUGAAGCACGCCAACAUCAUUGCCCUUCGGGGCGCCUGCCUCAGCCCCCCACAUCUCUGCCUGGUCAUGGAGUAUGCCAGAGGAGGCGCCCUGAGCAGGGUGCUGGCAGGACGCCGCGUGCCCCCUCACGUGCUGGUCAACUGGGCAGUGCAGGUUGCCCGGGGCAUGAACUACCUACACAAUGAAGCCCCUGUAGCCAUUAUCCACCGGGACCUCAAGUCUAUCAACAUCCUGAUCCUGGAGGCCAUUGAGAACCACAACCUCGCAGACACGGUGCUCAAGAUCACAGACUUCGGCCUCGCCCGUGAGUGGCACAAGACCACCAAGAUGAGUGCCGCGGGGACUUACGCCUGGAUGGCCCCGGAGGUCAUCCGCCUCUCCCUCUUCUCCAAAAGCAGUGAUGUCUGGAGCUUUGGAGUACUGCUCUGGGAGCUACUGACGGGUGAGGUCCCCUACCGCGAAAUCGACGCCUUGGCCGUGGCCUAUGGAGUGGCUAUGAACAAGCUGACGCUGCCCAUCCCUUCCACAUGCCCUGAGCCCUUUGCCCGCCUACUGGAGGAGUGCUGGGACCCAGAGCCCCACGGGCGGCCAGACUUCAGCAGCAUCUUGAAGCGGCUGGAAGUCAUUGAACAGUCAGCCCUGUUCCAGAUGCCACUGGAGUCCUUCCACUCGCUGCAGGAAGACUGGAAGCUGGAGAUACAGCACAUGUUCGAUGACCUCCGCACCAAGGAGAAGGAGCUCCGGAGCCGAGAGGAGGAGCUGCUGCGGGCGGCGCAGGAGCAGCGCUUCCAGGAGGAGCAGCUGCGGCGGCGGGAGCAGGAGCUGGCAGAGCGCGAGAUGGACAUUGUGGAGCGCGAGCUGCACCUGCUCAUGUGCCAGCUGAGCCAGGAGAAGCCCCGCGUGCGCAAGCGCAAGGGCAACUUCAAGCGCAGCCGCCUGCUCAGGCUGCGGGAAGGCAGCAGCCACAUCAGCCUGCCCUCCGGCUUUGAGCAUAAGAUCACCGUCCAGGCCUCUCCAACUCUGGACAAGAGGAAAGGAUCCGACGGGGCCAGCCCCCCCGCCAGCCCCAGCAUCAUCCCCCGGCUGAGGGCCAUUCGCUUGACCCCUGUGGACAGUGGCUGUGGCAGUGGCAGCGGUGGCGGCAGUGGGACAUGGGGCCGCAGUGGGCCCCCAAAGAAGGAAGAACUGGUGGGAGGCAAGAAGAAGGGCCGGACGUGGGGGCCCAGCUCAACCUUACAGAAGGAGCGGCUGGGCGGAGAGGAGAGGCUGAAGGCCCUGGGGGAAGGCAGCAAACAGUGGUCAUCAAGUGCCCCCAACCUGGGCAAGUCCCCCAAACACACCCCCAUCGCUCCUGGCUUCGCCAGCCUCAACGAGAUGGAGGAGUUCGCAGAGGCGGAUGGAAGCGGCAGCGUGUCCCCUUCGCCCUACACCACCCAGUCCUACCUCUCGGUGCCUCUGCCGCCCGAGCCUUCCCCGGGGACCACGCCCCCUGCGCGCACGGUGCACGCCGCGCGGCGGCGCUGCGAACUCGCCCUGCUCGGCUGCGCCACGUUGCUGGGCGCCGUGGGCCUGGGCGCCGAUGUCGCCGAGGCGCGCGCCGCCGACUGCGAGGAGCAGCGGCGCUGGCUCGAUGGCCUCUUCCCUCGCGCCGGCCGCUUCCCCCGCGGCCUCAGCUCCCCCGGACGCCACCCGGGCCGUCGCGACGACGCGGCCCCUGGCCCGGGCCUUGUGUCCUCCGCCACCCUCGUGUCGCUGUCGUCAGUGUCGGACUGCAACUCCACGCGCUCGCUGCUGCGCUCCGACAGCGACGAGGCGGCGCCGGCCGCGCCCUCCCCACCGCCCUCUCCCCCUGCGCCCACGCCCUCGCCCAGCACCAACCCCCUGGUGGACCUAGAGCUGGAGAGCUUCAAGAAGGACCCCCGCCAGUCGCUCACGCCCACCCACGUCACGGCUGCGCGCGCCGUGAGCCGUGGACACCGGCGGACACCCUCGGAUGGAGCGCUGGGACAGUGGGGGGCGUCUGAAGCCGCAGCCCACGGCCCUGGCCCUCGAGACCCCCUGGACAUCCCCCGCCUGCCCGACCCCCAGGCCCUGUUCCCGACCCGCCGCCGGCCUCCCGACUUCCCCGGCCGUCCCACCACCCUGACCUUUGCCCCGCGGCCCCGGCCGGCUGCCAGCCGCCCCCGCCUGGACCCCUGGAAACUGGUCUCCUUCAGCCAGAUGCUGAGCCUCUCGCCGCCCAGCAGGCCGGACACUCCGGAGAGCCCCGGGCCGCCCGGCGUGCAGCCCACGCUGCUCGACAUGGACAUGGAGGGGCAGAGCCAGGACAGCACUGUGCCCCUGUGCGGGGGCCGCGGCUCCCACUGA